ACAACCUAGUUUGCGUAGGAUAUGUGUCGGUAGCCAACAUUGGGGGUGAGGCAAGGCGAUGAACGUCAAGCAGCUAACUAGCUAUCUGGCACGGUCAAAACACUGUCGCGCUAACUAAACCUUGCUUGAUUUGACUACUAUGUUGACUUGAGCUAAGCUUUCAACAUGGUACAGAAUGUUUUUAUCUAUCCACCAGACCACCUCCACUACUAGAAGUAGUGGCCCACAGUUACAUAAUUUGACCAUUCUAAGCUUAGAGAAUACAAAACAGACGCGUGCAUAAAUGUAUGUUUGUGUAAAUGAGUGCUACUAGAUAUUUUGAUGUUGGUAAACAGUAAACAAAUUCUGCUACAGACAAAUUAUCUAGCUAGCAGCUGAUGUAACCCAUAUUUAGACAAUGGCUGCUCUUCUGUGUUUAUAUCAGUGGAGGCUCAUCAUCCUCAGUGAAUUUCAUAAAUAAAAACCUUUUUAGAUAAAACUAUGCUAAAUAUAUUCACAUGUCACCAAAUAAUGGAUUAAAACACACUGUAUGCAAUGAAGGUCUACAGUAUCCUAAGCAGCACUCUAGUGUAGCACCAUGGUGUAGCUGGAGGACAGCUAGCUUCUGUCUUCCUCUGGGUACAUUGACUUCAAUACAAAACCUACGAGGCUCAUGGUUCUCACCCCUUCCAUAGACUCACACAGUAAGACAACUUCCGGAGGACGUCCUCCAACCUAUCAGAGCUCUUGCAGCAUGAACUGACAUGUUGCCCACCCAAUCAAAGGAUCAGAGAAUGAACCUAGUACUGAAAGCACAAGUUACAGAUAGCUAGCACUGCAGUGCAUAAAAUGUGGUGAGUAGUUGACCCAGAGAAAGAAAAUAGUUGAACAGUUUUGAACAAAUUGAUUUCUUCCAAAAUUAAGGAGAAGUGAGAGAGAAAGCUAGCCAUAUUUCGUAGUAUAAACGUUUUCACUUUCACUGUCUUAGUUAGCAUUAAAUGCAGCUAGCUAGCUUAGCCUACUCAAAACACCCAGCUCACACAGAGAGGGAGGCUAUAUUAGCUAGCUGGAUAUGGCUAUCCAACACGGGAACUCUUCCAAGUCAAGGCUCUUAACCGGGGUUUAGCAGGUUUUAAAGAGGAUGCAGUUGAGAUGCUAGCCAGCUACGGGCUGGCUUAUUCGCUAAUGAAGUUCUUCACUGGGCCCAUGAGUGACUUCAAGAACGUGGGCCUGGUGUUUGUCAACAGCAAGAGGGACAGGGCCAAGGCUGUGCUUUGCAUGGCGGUAGCAGGCACAAUAGCAUUCAUCCUUCAUGUUCUCAUAGCCCAUACAGACUUAGGCUACUACAUCAUCAAUAAGCUGCACCAUGUGGACGACUCCGUGGGCAACAAGACCAGGAGGGCUUUCCUCUACCUGGCCGCUUUCCCUCUGCUGGACGCCAUGGCUUGGAUCCAUGCUGGAAUUCUCCUUAAGCACAAAUACAGCGUCAUCGUAGGCUCUGCCUCCAUCUCUGAUGUUAUCGCUCAGAUUGUGUUUGUGUCCAUCCUGCUGCACAGUAACCUGCCGUGUGUGGAGCCCCUGCUCAUCCCCAUCCUCUCACUGUACAUGGGAGCCCUGGUGCGCUUCACCAUCGUGGGCCUAGGCUACUACUACAACAUCCACGACAAGAUCCCCGACUCCAGUGGACUUGACGUGGGGGGAGAUGCCACCAUCAGGAAGAUGUUGAGUUUCUGGUGGCCUCUGGCCCUCAUCCUGGCUACCCAGCGGAUCAGCAGGCCCAUUGUCAACCUCUUUGUGUCCCGGGACCUCAAGGGGAGCAGCGAAGCUACUGAGGCAGUGGCUGUGCUCACUGCCACCUACCCUGUGGGUCACAUGCCCUAUGGCUGGCUGACUGAACUGAGAGCUGUCUACCCCGCUUUCGACAAGACCAAUCCCAGCAAUAAGCUCAUAUCCGGCACACCGGUCACAAAGACUCAUAUCAAAAAGUUUACAGCCUGUUGUUUGGUGCUAUCGCUCACGCUCUGCUUUGUGGUGUUCUGGACCCCUCACAUCUCAGAGAAGAUUCUAGUGAAUGUGAUUGGUGUGGACCUUGCCUUCGCUGAGCUCUGUGUGGUUCCACUAAGGAUUUUCUCCUUCUUCCCUCUGCCAGUGACAGUCCGGGCCCACCUGACUGGCUGGCUCAUGACCCUGAAGAAGACCUUUGUGCUGGCCCCCAGCUCUGUGCUCCGCAUCAUCGUCCUCAUCACAAGCCUGGUCGUGCUGCCUUAUAUGGGUGUCCACGGGGCCACACUGGGGGUUGGGUCUCUGUUGGCUGGUUUCAUAGGGGAGUCUACCAUGGUGGCCAUUGCGGCCUGCUAUGUCUAUCGAAAACAGAAAAACAAUGAGAUGGCCAGUGAGCUGGUGGUGGAGGGAGAGGACUCGGCACCUAUGAGCGAGGUGUGUUCCAGAACUCAGAUGGAUGCCAUUGAGGAGCUCCAGGAGGAGGAGCUCCAGGAGUAGAGGCACAUGGAGAGAGAGAGAGACAGACAGGAGAAAUUGGAGCUGAGCUCCAUUAGAAAAAAGGGAAUUCCAGCGGAAGAGGACCAUGGGUAGGCCCCAAUACCGGACCUGAGAGAAGAACACAGAUUGCUUAAUAGGCUCCUUGAAUGGAUGAUCAGCCAUGAUGAGGAACACGCACUGUACAGACAAGCCAUGCACUGAAAUCCAUGUAAAUACCUUCCAAUCCUCUGGACAAUUAAUGUAUUCAUGAACUGCAGAAAUAGGAUAAGUAUUAAUCACUUUCAUCAUCGUGUUACUGCUAGUUGAGCAUGGGAAAUAACUGAUGUAGGAAAACCGGUCCUCAGCUAAGGGAAAUGUGUUGUGGAGAAAUUGAAACAUUAUUUUACUUGGAUAAUCAAGUAAAAGAAGCACAGCUUUAUUUUAUUUUAAUGCUGGAACAUUUUAAAAAGGACCUGUUGAGUUGGGCAAGUGUAUUUUACAUUGAAUGGUGUUCAAGAACUAGAGUUCUGUUUUAUAUAGGCGACGGGAAUUUGCAAAGUGUAUAUUAACUUGCAGAAAGGGGUCGGGAAUCCCUCAGUAUCUUAGUGGGUGUGUGUGACUGUGUUUGCAUCAUUAUGCUCGUCCACUUUAUGCAGUCUGGGAAUGUUUCAUUUUGACAAGUAUAGCUAUUUUCUUAAUAGCACAUUCUGACUGUUCGAUGUACAUAUUGUAAAGGCAUUAUAUUAUUUGGCAAAUAAAUUGUUAUUUAAAGAGCC